UGAUCUAGUUGGGGCUCGUCUCACUUGGAGCAGGGGUUGGACUAGAUGUGACCUCCGGAGGUCCCUUCCCACCCGCAUUUCCUCUGCUUCUAACUACAGCUACUAACGUUUAUUAGAAUAAGCACAAUGGGGCAAGCAAGGGAGGGUCUCGCUGUCGUCCCUUGGCUGGCUUUACAUCAGCUUGUGCUAGCAAAGAACCUCUCCCUCUCUCUCCAUUUCCACCUUGCGCCUUUCAAUUUUGCACAGCCUUGUACCUGAAAAAAAAAUCUCACACAUUUGUCUUGCCUUUCCCAUAUGCCAAGGAAAAUUCCUUUCCCAAGUCGCUCGACAUUUCCCUAGAAUAACGUCUCAUAGGCCAGGCAGGUGCCAUUCCUCCCAUCCUUCCUUCUAGAGUAGAUUUGGGGGGGGAGGGGGCGAUCCUCCUUUUAUUUUUGGAUUAUUUAUUUUAGUUUAACACAUCAAUGGACUUUCUCUAGUCCCUUGUUGAAUCUGGCUAUGCUAUCUGCUCCACCACCUCUUGUGGCAAUGAGUUCCACAAGUUGAUGCACUGUAGAUACAUACAGGACUUUCUCUCGCUGGUUUCCUGUCUCCUGCUCAAAGAUGGAGGUUCCUGGCUAAGUAGUCUUGUCGCAUUGCUCAGUCAGACCAAUUGCUGUAUUUGAGGUCAGGAAGGAAUUUUACCCCAUCAUCAGAUUGGUACGGAUUAAGGGGCGGGGGCGGGGAAUUGCCUUCCUUUGAAGCAGGGGCCGUGGCCCUCUACCUGGCACCCUGGUUAAGAGUCACUCGUGUAGUCCCUUGUUGACCACAGCAAUGCUGUAUGCCUCUGCCACCUCCUGCGGCCAUGAGUCCCAGAAAUUAACCCCGUGCAGUGCCUCUUGUUUGUUGGAAAACCGUCUUUUUCUUGCAACCUGGGACUUGGUGAACAACAGCACCCUGUUUGUCAUCAUAGUUUGUCAUAACUAAAAUAUAUAAUUGUAACAGCAUUCAAAUUAUACUUACCUGAAGGGAUAAGAAGGGCUGCCCUGCACAGGGACGGUGUGAAGAGACAUAGUUUGCCUCAGCCCUCGCCGCAUAAAAUGGCGGCCGAACGCAACAAGAUGGCGCCGCUCGCUGCGGGCAAUGCGCACAACAUGGCGGCCGGCGUUGGGACUUCCGCUACCGCAGGCCACGCCCCCCCUGACGCCAGAGCCGUUACCAGCGUGAUUACGCCAUCCGCUCGGCGCCUGCGCGGUGGGGCGGCGCGCGUUUUUUUGAACAGGGAAGCACCAGCUGAUCGGGUGAGGCUGAGUUUUUGCUGCUGCAGCGGAGCAUCAAAGAUGAAGAGCUCAACACCCCAGUCCGCCGGCUGCUCCCUGAGCACCGCCUCAUCCUUCGAUAGCGUGUUUGUGUCCCCCAGCACCCGGCCCCAGGCCCUGAGUGCCGGCAGCACCCCUGAGCUGGAGAGCUUGGCCGGCAACGAUGAUGAGCAGGAGAAGAAGCAACGUCGGCGCUCCCGCAUCCUUGAUCUGCAGCUCAGCAGCACCGAGUCGCCCCUUUUGGUCAAGUCCCCUGCCAACAGGCAGGCAGACGCUUCUCUGCCGGUGAUCCCAAGACUGACAAACGCUCAGAUUUCAGAUCACUACUCAACCUGCAUUAAGCUGUCUGCAGAGAAUAAAAUCACCACAAAAAAUGCCUUUGGCUUGCAUCUUAUUGACUACAUGACGGAGAUCCUCAAGCAGAAGGACUCAGAACUCACUAACUUCAAGAUGGCAGCUGGCACCCUGGAUGCUAGCGCGAAGAUUUAUGCCGUCCGUGUGGAUGCUGUUCAUGCUGAUGUCUACAAGGUCCUUGGUGGGCUGGGCAAAGAUUCCCAAUCUACAAGAGAAGAGGAUGGUCAAGACUUGGAUGGAACUGCCACCCUGGAAGCCAGGAAGAAAGCUCCCACCAAGAACAAGCACUUCUACAAAACCAUCGAGCAGAACCCAAAUAACCUCAACGUCCCGGAGACUGAUUGCAAAUGUGAGGUUGACCCCAUGCUCCAGAAAUCAGCAGCCUCCUUUGAUGAGUGUAGCACGGUUGGCAUCUUCCUCAGCACACUACACAUCCACAGCUACUGCAGUGAGCUCCUGUUUGAAUCCAAGGUUACACCUCUCUCAUCUUCAGAGAUGACGCUCGAGUCCCCAAGCACUGCACCUGUAAAGGUGGCCGAUGUUAACUCGCUCCUGCUGAAGUGCAUGGAGAACCGUCCCAUCUGCCCUUCCCUUACUAGCCUCCGGUUCAACGAAUGGGACAGCGAAUCUCACAACGAGUCGGUGUCGGCUCUGCUGGAAAAAUUCAAGAAGAGUGACCAGGUGUUCAAUGUCAACGCUGACGUGGAGGAUGAGCCUGAGGACUGUGCUGAUGCCCCUGUGAUGGAUGACUUUGAUGCAGACCUGCUAGACAAGACUAUGGCAGGAGAUAUGGGCAAGUUUGCACAGGAUCCUGAGGCCUUCAAGAUGGCACAUGAAGGCACCAAGAAGGACGUGAUCCCUCUGGGUGAGGGAGACAUCACCACCAUGUGCCUCCAGCUCUCCAUGAAACCAGGGGAAUAUUCUUACUUCAGCCCCCAGAUUAUGUCAAUGUGGGCUGGCCCAGAGCACUGGAGAUUCAAACCUCGUCAUAAAUUGGAGGCAGGUGCUGAUAAAGAGAUCAGGAAGAAGAGUGCCAAGAAAGUCUUUGAAAUCAACUUUGAUGAGGAUGUCAACUUUGAACCCUAUUUCCAGGAGACCAGGGCAGCUACCACCAUGGCCAAAUCUGUCCUUGAAAGCCAGAACAAGAAGAGCACGACACUCCCAGCUGACUUCCACUAUGACCCCAACAGCCUCACCAGGCUCUUCCUCAAGCCGGAUGUCAAGCUGUGGAGGAUGUCCAUGCAGAGCAGCUCCUCGGAUCACAGUGAUGACAUUGGAGAGUAUGAUUACAACAACCCCAAUGACACUUCCAACUUCUGUCCUGCUUCCCAGUGUGCCAACAGUGAUGAUGAUGACGAUGACCCUGCAGACUUUGGGGGUCAGACUGGGGACUUCGAGCUAACUGCCAACACUGCCCGGGGCUUCAGUCAAGGGAUUGAUGCCAACAGGGCUGACAUCACGACCUACGGGGAGUCCAACCUGGUCACAGAGCCUAAGAAGGUCAACAAGAUUGAGAUUCGGUAUGCCAAGAUGGCCAAGAAGAUGGACAUGAAGAAACUCAAGCAGACCAUGUGGGACCUCCUGACUGAAGCUAAGCAGAAGCAAGUGCUGGCAGAGAACAAAGACGUGGAGGAAGAGGUAGCGGCAGUGGUAACGGGCGAGAAGGUGCUGAGUAACCUCACAAAGGAGCUGCCGUGCAGGUUGCCUUCCAUGAUGGCACAGAACCUCUCCAUCCCUCUGGCUUUCUCCUGCCUCCUGCAUUUGGCCAAUGAGAAGAACCUGAGACUACAGGGCGUGGAGGACCUGUCCGAUGUCCUCAUCCAGCAAGGGCAGUGAGAUGGCAGUGCUGCUGGGAGAGGAGCCACCAUCCCCCUCCUCAUCCCCCACCCAGCACAGGAACUUGGCUAUUGUGCAAUGGUGGCUCUUCAUUUCUACGUGUCGUCUCUUCUCUUGGUGGAUCCCACGGGCUUCUGAGCUUCAUGGGGCCCUGGGUUAGGGUGAGCACAGGGGUGCUGCAGCCUCUCCCACCUGUCAUCUGCUACUUCACUUGCAUUAUCCAGCCUGUUAAGUCCUGGGGGUCUCCAGACCCCACUUGCACACAGUAGGCAUCCCUUAAUCUGCUUUAUUGAGGGGGCAGGGGGAGCCUGGAAAGGAGAGCCUGGAGCCCCUGCAGUAGAAUGGGGACUAGAAUCCCACAAAUUAAUCCUCCACAGAGCCUCUUGGUAUCCUGGCUGCAGCAGUAACAACCCCCUUGGAGGUGCUGCCACCUGCUCUGUGAAAGCACAGCAGUGGCUUCCUGUAUAUAACCCCACCCUUCCUUGUAAUUUAAGUCUCUUGUAAUUAGCACCUUUUGCCUGUUUCACCCAUAAGAUACAGUGGUCCUCUUGUAUAGCCCUGCCUUGAAAUAAAUGGUUGUAAUGGUGAUGCAUGCUGUGCCUGGGAGCCCACAGCAGUGGUUCUUACCUAGGAGUUCUUGCCUGUUGUGCCCCCACCCCCUUGU